AUGCUGCUCGAGGCAAACAUACCGUUGUAUAAGGUAGAACAUGCUUCAUUCCGGAACUUUUUUGAGAAGUACACCAUGAAAGUUCUCCCGCAUCAAACGACGCUCCGGAAGACAUACCUAAUUGAAAAAGUCUAUGGAGCCACCAUCGACAGAAUCCGCGGAGGCGAUUCUAGAAUUUGGGUGUCUAUGGACGAAACUACGGAUCUUAAAGGACAGUUCGUCAUGAAUACGAUAGUUGGCCGGAUGGACGCGUCAGAGCCUACGAAACCACAUCUCUUGAGUUCGGAAGUAGUCGAACGCAUGAAUCCUGCCACAAUCGCGCAAGCCUUCUGCAACGCUAUGAAUCUCCUCUGA